AUACAGAAUAUGACUUACACUACAACAGGAUUGAACCUUGGACCUUGAACGGUGUGUUCUGAAUUCUAAGCUAUGUUUUGGUGAAGUAUACUGUAGCUUUAAAAAGCAUUCUUCAGUGUCUAAGGUAGAGAUGAGGUAUCUAAGAUGAGGUAUCUAAGGUAGGGAUACUUUGAAGUAUUGAUAUAUUGGUUUCCCAAAUUUUAGUCAAGAUAUAGUUUCAGAAACUGAAAGGAUGAAGAGCAUCCAUGUUUCAAAAGUGUUUUGCAUCUUCAUCUGAUAGCACUGAUGAGAUGUCAACAUAAAAGAGAAACCUCCAGCUGCCUGAGCUCCCAGUCCUCUGUGCUGGUCGUUUCUUUGGAUUUUGGUUUCUGUGAUUGGGGCCACUUUUUUAAGUACAGUACAUUCAAAAAUAGGGUCAUAGUUUGAUUUCAGUUCUCAGUGGAUAAUCCUGCAAUUAAAAUGUUGUUUGGUGUUUUACAGAAUAUAAUUUAUCUGGUGUCAUGUCUUUUGGGUGGGCUAGAACAUGUGCUUUGGAGUAUAUAAUUUUGUAUUUUGAACUUUUAAUAGAGAGAAGGAGCAAGAAAAGGAAGAACAGUUAAUGGAAGACAAGAAAAGAAAGAAAGAGGAUAAGAAGAAGAAAGAAUCUACUCAGAAGUGCCCGAAGCGACAAAACCAAGUUUAAGCCAACCAGUGACUGCCAGCCCAAUUGGCAGCUCUCCAUCGCCACCAGUCAACGGUGGCAACAAUGCCAAAAGGGUGGCAGUGCCGAACGGUCAACCGCCAAGCGCCGCCCGCUACAUGCCUCGGGAGGUGCCGCCGCGAUUCCGUUGCCAGCAGGACCACAAAGUGUUACUGAAACGUGGGCAGCCCCCUCCGCCAUCCUGUAUGCUCCUUGGGAGUGGAGUAGGGCCGCCUCCUUCUCCAGCACCUGGAGCAAAUCCAAACAACGCACAACCAGUGACGGGAGUGCUGCUGCCGUGUGACAGUGGGACUGCAACCGAUUCAACAACUGGAGGUGCUGCUGCUUCAAAUUAUGCAAAUUCCACUUGGGGUCCUGGAGCCUCCUCCAACAGCACCAAUGCCAACCCAACUCAUGUCUGGGACAAGGUGAUUGUAGACGGGUCUGACAUGGAAGAGUGGCCUUGUAUUGCCAGCAAAGAUACUGAGUCUUCUUCCGAAAACACCACAGACAACAACAGUGCCUCGAACCCUGGCUUGGAGAAGAGCACUCUGCCAGGAAGCACCACUAGCAACAAAGGAAAAGGAAACCAGUGCCAGUCUGUAAGCUCUGGUAACGAAUGUAAUCUUGGGGCCUGGAAAUCUGACCCUAAGGCUAAAUCUGUUCAAUCUUCCAACCCUGCAGCAGACAGUAACAAUGGUCUAGCAAGCUGGAGGAACUUGAGUGGGCAGGACAGAAUUGGCCCCAGCUCUGGCUUCAGCAACUUUAACCCAAAUAGCAACCCAUCAGCUUGGCCAGCACUGAUUCAAGAGGGAAAUUCAAGGAAAGGGAUUUCAGAAUCUGAUAAUGGUAGCUCCAAUGCACAGAUUAGUACAGCAGGUCAGACUUCUAGGGAACAGCAGUCAAAGAUGGAAAAUGCGGGUGUUAACUUUGUCUCUAGCAGAGAGCAGGCUCCAAUUCACAACACUGAUGGACCAAAAAAUGGAAACACUAACUCUUUGAACUUAAGUUCACCAAACCCAAUGGAGAAUAAGGGAAUGUCCUUUGAAAUGGGUUUUGGGAACGCUUCCAGGAGCACUGAUACCCCUUCACAAAGCACUGGAGAGAGAAAGACUGGGAGUGUUGGAUCUUGGGGUACAGUAAGGGGGCCUUCUGGACUGGACAGUGUCUCUGGUCAAAGCAAUUCUGGAAAUCAUGGGAACAAUGGAAAAGAUAGGGAGGACUCAUGGAAGGGAGGUCCUGUUCAAAAAUCGAAUGGGUCAAGAAAUGAUUCUUGGGAUAAUGGCAACAGGUCUACGGGUGAUGGGUCUUGGACCUUUGGCCCUCAACACUCUAGUGAAAGCAAAUGGAGUGAAGGGAACAAAAUGACAUCAGGGGUGUCUCAGGGAGAAUGGAAACAGCCGUCUGGGUCUGAUGAACUGAAGAUUGGAGAAUGGAGUGGUCCAAACCAACCAAAUUCUAGCACUGGAGCAUGGGACAAUCAAAAGGGCCAUCCCCUUCCUGAAAACCAAGGCAAUUCCCAGGCUCCCUGUUGGGGAAGAUCUUCCAGCUCUACAGGAAGUGAAGUUGGAGGUCAAAGCACUGGAAGUAACCACAAAGCAGGAAGUAGUGACAGUCACAAUUCUGGACGUAGAUCAUACAGGCCUACACAUCCUGAUUGCCAGGCGGUCUUGCAAACUUUGCUGAGCAGGACUGAUUUGGACCCCCGAGUGCUUUCAAAUACUGGCUGGGGUCAAACUCAGAUCAAACAGGACACUGUUUGGGAUAUCGAAGAGAUGCCAAGGCCUGAGGGAAAGACUGAUAAAGGAACUGAGGGGUGGGAGAAUUCUUCCAUACAGACAAAGAGCUCAGGGGGCUGGGGAGAUGCACCCAGCCAAAGCAAUCAAAUCAAGUCUGGAUGGGGGGAGGUCUCUACUCCAACAGAGUGGAAAGAGCCCAAAAACACUGGAGGAUGGAAUGAUUACAAGAACAAUUGUUCUAACUGGGGAGGAGGAAGACCAGAUGAAAAGGUGACAGCAACUUGGAAUGAGAAUUCAAGCAAGGACCCAGGAUGGAAUGGACGGCCGCCUAAUCAAGGGUGGUCUUCUGGGAAGAAUGGCUGGGGAGAGGAAGUUGACCAAACAAAAAACAGUAAUUGGGAAAGUUCAGGAAACAAGUCAGUGUCGGGUUGGGGUGAAGCUAGUCAAAAUGAGAUUGGGACUUGGGGUGCAAAUGUAAAUUGUUCUUCAAAAGGAGGGUGGGAUAAUAAUAAUAAAAGAGCUCCAGCAUGGAAUGAUAACGGUCGCCAACCCAGUUCUUGGAAUAAUCAGCAACAACAGUACCAUCAGCAGCCAGAAACACCUGGUUCCUGGGGUCCACCUCCACAGCCCCCAGGUAAUGGGAGGCCACCAAAUCCUAACUGGAAUAGUGGGCCUCAGCCAGCUGCCUCAAAGGAUGAGGAACCCAGUGGCUGGGAAGAACCAUCCCCCCAAUCAGUUAGUCGAAAAAUGGAUAUUGAUGAUGGCACUUCAGCAUGGGGUGACCCUAACAGUUACAACUACAAGAAUGUGAACCUGUGGGACAAGAACUCACAGGGUGGACAACCUCCACGAGAACAGAACCUCCCUACUCCAAGGACUACCAAAUCGGCAACCUCAGUCUGGAACAAAAGCACACCUCCUGCUCCAGAUAAUGGUACAGCUGCUUGGGGCGAACCAAAUGAAACCAGUCCUGGAUGGGGUGAAGUAGAUGAUGCAGGGGCUUCUACCGGUUGGGGAAAUGGACCCUCCGCUGCACCAAAUGCCAUAAAAUCUAGUUCCAAACCAUCUCAAGAUGGCUGCGGGGAAAAUGAUGGGCCACUAUCUGGAACACGGCAUUCCAGCUGGGAAGAGGAAGAGGAGGGAGGAGUCUGGAACACAGCAGGCUCUCAGGGAAGCAGUUCCUCCCAUAAUUCAGCAAACUGGGGACAAGGAGGAAAGAAACCACAAAUUAAGUGUUCAUUAAAAGGAGGCAGUAGUGAUUCAUGGAUGAAUACUUUAUCGGAUCAGAUUUCAAAUAUGGGAUUGCUGAAUCAACCUGAGGACUUACCUGUAGGUGGCCUCCAGGAUAAGAAGUUUGAUGUGGACAAACGGGGCAUGAAUCUCGGGGAUUUUAAUGACAUAAUGAGAAAGGGCCGGUCUGGUUUUCGUCCUCCUAAUUCCAAAGACUUGGGAACCCCAGAUAGUGGGCCUUACUUUGAAAAGCUGACUUUGCCUUUCUCCAAUCAAGAUGGGUGCCUUGGGGAUGAGGCUCCCUGCUCUCCCUUCUCCCCUUCUCCCAACUACAAGCUAUCUCCCUCUGGUUCCACACUACCCAACGUCUGCCUUGGGGCAAUCGGCUCAGGGCUCAACCCCCAAAACUUCGCUGCUAGACAAGGGGGCAAUCAAGGUCUGUUUGGAAACAGCACAGCACAAUCGAGAGGAAUGCACCCACCAGUGCAGCCACUAAAUCCUUCCCCCAAUAUUCGGGCACAAGUGCCUCCCCAAUUUCUUUCUCCCCAGGUGUCUGCCUCAAUGCUCAAGCAAUUUCCUAACAGUGGUCUGAACCCAGGUAUUUUCAAUAUGGGACCCCAGCUUUCUCCCCAACAGAUUGCUGUGCUGAGCCAACUUCCACAGAUUCCUCAGUUUCAGCUUGCUUGUCAGCUUCUCCUCCAGCAGCAGCAGCAACAGCAGCAGCAGCAGCAACAACAACAACAACAGUUGAUACAGAACCAGAGAAAGAUUUCUCAAGCUGUGCGACAGCAGCAAGAGCAACAGCUUGCACGUAUGGUGAGUGCCCUUCAGCAGCAGCAGCAGCGGCAGCCUGGUAUGAAACAUUCUCCAUCCCACCCAGUUGGGCCGAAGCCGCAUUUAGACAGCAUAGUACCUAGUAGUCUGAGUGUGGGUCUCUCAGAUUUACAGGCCAAAGGACAGAUUCCUGGAUAUAGUUCAGGUUUUGGCUCCAGUGGUGUGGAUUAUGGCAUGGUGGGAGGGAAAGAAACUGGAACAGAAUCUCGCUUUAAGCAGUGGACUUCUAUGAUGGAUGGGUUGCCCUCUGUAGCUUCCCAAGAUGCCAAUAUGCACAAAAAUGGCACGAUUGUGCCCCCUGGAAAAGCUCGAGGGGGAUCACCCUACAACCAAUUUGAUAUAAUCCCUGGUGAUCCGCUGGGCAGCCACACAGGUCAUGGUAGUGAAAGCUGGUUACCUGCCAAAUCUCCACCAACAAGUAAGAUUGGAAAUAAAUCCAACAAUGCCAGUUGGCCUCCAGAGUUUCAGCCAGGGGUGCCAUGGAAAGGUAUUCCAAACAUUGACCCUGAAUCUGACCCCUAUGUGACCCCAGGAAGUGUGCUGGGGGGUACAGCCACAUCCCCCAUUGUAGAUACUGAUCACCAACUUCUGCGGGACAACACCACAGGGUCUAAUUCUUCCCUCAACACCUCGCUGCCUUCACCUGGUGCCUGGCCCUACAGUGCCUCUGACAAUUCUUUCACAAAUGUUCAUAGCACUUCAGCAAAGUUCAAUGAUUAUAAAUCAACAUGGUCCCCGGAUCCCAUAGGACCCAAUCCCACCCAUCUCUCCAACAAGAUGUGGAAAAACCAUAUUUCCUCAAGAAACACUACAGGGCUGCCCCGCCCACCUCCUGGUUUGAGUAAUCCAAAACCAUCCUCUCCCUGGAGCAGCACAGCACCCCGCUCAGUCAGGGGGUGGGGGGCACAGGAUUCAAGGCUUGCCUCUGCCUCAACCUGGAGUGAUGGUGGAUCAGUUCGCCCGAGCUACUGGCUGGUUCUUCACAAUCUCACUCCACAGAUUGAUGGGUCAACCCUGAGGACCAUCUGCAUGCAGCAUGGUCCACUGCUGACAUUCCAUCUGAACCUGACCCAAGGCACCGCCCUUAUUCGAUACAGCACCAAGCAGGAAGCGGCCAAGGCCCAGACUGCACUGCACAUGUGUGUUUUGGGAAACACUACCAUCCUGGCUGAGUUUGCAACAGACGAGGAGGUUAGUCGCUUUCUGACACAAGCUCAGCCUCCUACUCCUGCAGCAACACCCAGCACGCCCACAGCAGGCUGGCAGUCUCUAGAGACAGGACAGAAUCAGACAGAUCCAGUUGGACCUGCUUUGAAUCUUUUUGGUGGGUCAACAGGGCUUGGGCAGUGGAGCAGCGGUGGUGGCAGCAGCAGUGGGGGUGACCUUACUGGUGCUUCGUUAUGGGGCCCCCCAAGCUAUUCUUCAAGUUUGUGGGGGGUUCAAAGUGUAGAAGAUCCCCACAGGAUGGGAAGCCCUGCUCCCUUACUACCUGGAGACCUUCUAGGCGGAGGGUCGGAUUCAAUCUGAACUUAAAACUUUCAACUCUGACCUCGUGACCUUUUUUGGAACAGCAGCAGCACUAACUUGACCUUUUCUUUUUUUUCAACUUGCAAUAAAUACAUUUUAAAAGGAAAAAAGAAAAUGGAGAGAGAAAAAAGGUGGGUCAUUGACAGGACUGUCUGAGCACAUAGUUGCCUCCCUUAUAACUUCAGUUUUUCGUUUGGAAUAUGAAUCCAAAAAGAGAACAUAUCACUCUUGAAAUACUUGAAUCAUGAACGCCAACUUAGAAAGACAAUGUGAAGCAAGUACACAUACCAUUUAAAAUCUAAACAAAAAAAUAAAAAAAUUAGUUUCUAGUUUUUCACUUUUUCAUGUUAUACGGAUGUUGUUGCUAAAAAACAUAUAUACUGAAAAAUAGCUUUUUAACUUUGUUUGCACUGGGUGUGUUUCCGUCCUUAGGUCUACCAUGUUGGGAUGGGACUGGGCGGGAUUCAAAAGCGUUGGGGGUGGGGUGGGAGGGGAAGACUUGACGGAGCCUCACUUUAAAAAACAAAAAAAGGAAAAAAAACACUUUGUGAUUGGCUGGUUGAUAUAUACCAGUAUGUUCUGGCACAUGUAACUGCCCGUGCGUGUGUUUCUAUGCGAGACUGUGCGUAUGUGUGAAUGCAUGAUUGUGUGUAUGAGUGUAUGCAUUUGUCUUGGAAAGCUGCAUUGCUGUUGGUCAGCAACCUAUCUGACUAGACUUCAACUUAAUUACGAUGGUGCCUGUGACUGAUGCAAAAUCAAAUUGAUCUGUGUUAACAAUUUGUCAGUUGGUGGUAUUUUUAUUUUAGCAGGGUAUUCAGUGCAGACAGGUUUUGACCCUGUCAUCAAGCAAUGCACUGCCAUAUCCUUAGGAUUUGGUGAAAGGGUGCCAGUGUGGGGUUUUCCAGGGGUUUUGUUCUUUGCGGAGGGGAAUUCUGUUCUGCCUUGAAGUAUGUUGGUGUCUCAAAUCCGAUUUUUUGGUGAAUCCAGGCUUAUGUUUUGACAAAGCCUUUCUCCUUCCAGGGAGACCAGAGGGAAGAGGGCAUCACUUUUUUUUGUGACAAAGACCAGUAUAAUGGUUGAGGCUUCUGCGGUUGUUAAAAAAAAACACGAAUCCUGUACCUGUUCCUAAAGUCUGUAUAUGAAGAUACUUAUCCAUUUGUGGAAAAUCCACCAGAAAACCAGGCUUAACUGUAUUUCUUAAAUAAUUUGCUGUUUGUGUUGAAACUAAAAUGUCAGUAGUUUGCUGGCCUAUCUCAUAUUGUGAAAGCCCAUGCAGCGACCUCUGUUCUCUUUCCUCCACGGUGAGCGUUACCUGUGCCAGGCCUAGGUGUAUUACAGCACCAGACCAUCACUGACAGAAACGUUUACUUAUGAAUGUUCUUAAACCAGUGUGUACUUUGAGUGUUUUUUUCCUCUGUGUAUUCUCCUGUAUAUGUCUUGCUUAAGACUUGCUUAGGCAGGCAUAUGACUAGCAAAGACUUCUUUUGUUUAUAAAGUAUUGCACCUUUAUUAUUUUUACUUUUUCCUGUACUGUUGCUUUUUAAUGUCUGUAUUUAAAAGAGCGGUUUUGUGUUGAUUUUUGUUUUUGUUUUUUAAAAAAAACCCAUCAGUGUAGUAGUACUCUGGCAGGAUAGGGGAAGACCUAUCAUUAAUUCAGAAGAUUGCCAGUGUGUGUGCACUGGGAAUAGAAUUACCUGUUGUGAAGAAAGCUGUAGCAAACAUUGCCUUUACACAAAGCAGUUUGGGGGAAGGGCAGGGAGGAAAAGAACAGGAAGGGAGAUGCAGGCAUUUUUCUUUGAAGUUUUGAAGGUAACUCUGACUUUUCACUAGCUCUGCUUAUGUUUGAAUAACAAAGUGCUGCCAUAUUCUGUACCAGCAAAUACCUACAUAUUGCAACACUUGGAAUUAGCAGAUCAUAUUGUGUGGGAUCCCAGCAAAAGUGUCUCUCCCGUGUACUGUUUUCACUGUAAAAUACAGUAUCUAGUAUAUAAACAUAAGAUUGACAGUAGGUGCAGAUUAAGCAAAAUUAAUUAUAGUCAUGUCCAAGCAGAGAAAGAAUUCGUGGAUUCUAUAUGUGAUGAACUCAAUAUCACAAAGACAACUAAAUACGCGGAAUGCUACAUUUACAUCUGCCUGUUAUUUUUUUAUGUAGUACGUCCAGGUGGUGAAUGUAGACAGGUGUGUAUACUUAAAUUUCAGCAUCUGCAGCAUAUUAUGCAGACAUUUUAAAGCAUUUCCCUUAUUUCUGCCUCUGUCAUCCAAUCUCAUGUGUUGAAACAAAAUAUGUUUUUCCCCCCAGUUCCUGACAAUUGGAUUUUCUUCUGGCCAUUAAACAGGCCUGCUCCAUAAACAGCUAUAUUUGGGGCCUCAGUGUUGAAACUGUGCAGGAUAAACUAUAGAAAAAGCCCUGAGCGAGGAGAACAUGUAGCACCUCAUGGCCUGGAUAAGCAACUCUGUGUUCUAGCAUGUGACUUGGCACACAAGCUGGUUCACUACUGUUACCACUCUCUCCUGCCCUCUGGCCCCUUUGCCUGCACUUUGGAUUUGUUGAGUUCAUUAUGAUACUACGGUGAAAGCCGGGUGCUAGAGCCCCUCUUGUUUACAAGACAUAAUGAGGGAUUUGAAAUAUUUUUUAAAAAUGAAAAGCUAAAAUGUUCUUCCAUCACAAGCUUAAAGGGAAAAAAUUAAAACUUACAAAAAAAAGACCAAAAAGUGCGUGUGCGCAUAUAUAUGUGUGUAUAUAUGUGUGUGUGUAUAUAGAUUUACACACACACAUAUAUGUAUAUAAAGAUGAAGACUAACUCUGGGAGCAUUUAACAGUGUUUUUGUGUUUAACAUUUAUUUUCCUGCUUUAAAUUUGCAAGCAUUCUCAGGAAUUCUAGGGUAGGAAGCCAGUUUUUGAAGAUGGUUUAUUUAACCUUGUCUUAUCCUAGAUAGAUGGCAGUUUCUUUGUUGUUAAACUUUUACAAGUUCCUGAAUCUUCAAAAAAGUUUAAAUUUGUUUCUUUACAAAAAGCAAAAAAUUUGAAAAACCAAACCUAAUACUCACAAACUUCAAUUGUUGUCAAAACUGGGGAUCAAAUUUUUAAAUGAAAGUACAAAUUGAUUACAAAGAAUUCUCAAUAGCAGCAAUGAAAGGUCAUUAUAUUAUUAAAGUCCAAGUUCUGAGAAGAUUUAUACUUGUAGAGCUUAGUCUCAAUGGGUGUGUGUGUGGAGUUGUAUGGGGAAGAGGAUUGUGUGUGGAUGAAACUAUAAUCACCUAGUUAUUUCACAGUGAAAAUGAACAUAAAAUCUUCCUCCAAGCACCUUUUUUUAAAAAGAAAAAUUAUAUAUAUAAAUGCAGUUUGGUUUGAAUGAAUAAGUCAGCCACAGCUAAGAAGAAGAGGUUGGGAGUACAGGAUCUGGAAACUGCUUUUUGAUUGAGCGUGCUAGAGAAAAGCAGUAUCUUUAUUGUAUCCAAGUAAUGGAGCAGUUUUAACUUGUAUUCGUUUUAAAAUAGUAAGAAAGAGAAGUUACAAUGGAAGAAUCCAGUGAAGUGUACAAUAAGGAAAAAAUGGCUACCGGUUGAUUUUAAUCGUCAUUUAAUAUUUGUUUUCUUCAUUUUUUUGGCCAGAGAUGCAUACAUUGAAGUUUUAGGAUAUGGGGAAGGGAAGGUAGUUAGCCAUAGGUGCUGGUUUGGAGAACUAGUUUACUAAGGCUCUGUUCUGGGAUGGAUAGCUCCUAGCUCCCUGCAUAGAGAGAGAAAGGAUUAAUCUGCUUGAAGGUUGUUGUUGUUUUAGAUAGAAUGAGAUCACAAACCACUUUAGUGCCUUUGUAAUAUACCCAUGCAUCCUAAAAAGGUGGAAGAACAUGUGCAGUUCCAGUCACUCCAAAGAAAUGACUGAACCCAUUUUCCCACUAAAUUUAAACAAUUGCUCUGAGCGUUCUCUAUAAAAGCCUCAAAGGCCUUUCAUGCAAUGGGUUACAUACAAAGCUGUGUAAAUUUUUUUUCUUGGAAACCCUAAGGGCAACUUCUUGCAUUACUUUUUGUUUUCUUUUGGAAAUGGUGGUUUACUGGGAUGUGUGAAGUACAGUCCAAGAGUAUUUUCCCCCAAUUACAUGUACCAGAUCGGUGUUCUGACAAUAAAAAACCUUCAUGCUGUAUUGCAUAAAUCAGUGAACUCAGUUUCUUACACCAGUACUAUCUCAGUGUGAGGAAAAUUGUGAUAACAAUGCUUUUUGACAUUCGUCAUUUUUGUAGCUACUUGUUGCAUUGUUCUCAUCAAGUGCACAUUAAAAAGAUAACCAGCUGGUUCUAAACGUGAUAGAUCAGUGAGAGGAUUCCUCUUUUUUCUUUUUGGAAGGAAUCUAUCUGCGAAUGCUAUUUCAGAAAUGUGGAUAUUUAUGGCUGAUAGACUCCCAGCAUUUAAAAAAAAAUAAAAUCAGGUUAGGCAAAAUGCCUUAGCUGGCAACUGCUGAAGAAUAGAUAAUAGUAAAUAUCUAUAUGUAUCAUCUUAUAUUGAAGGCAUCCUUUAUCUCUCAAGCAUUUCAACUUCUGUAGAUUGGAGCUGUUGAGUUACAUUGUUUGAAAAGUCAGUCAAUAUAUUAGAAUAAAUGUUGACAACCUUCCAUCCCUGGACAGCUAAAAUGUUUGGUUGUCUCAUUGAACCAUGUCAAGAACACAGCUUUUUAAACACUAUUUCUGCCUUGUACCUAAUAUACUCUUUCUGGCCAGUGUGAGAGAUUUUCAAGUAGCAUAAGUAGCAGAUUAUAUUCAAGAACAAGGGCAGGCAAGUCAAAGAAGAAUUUGCAGUAAGUUACUUAAUAUGGUUUCAAGAAGGAAUCUGAAACCGCACUGAUUAGAGAAAGUGUUUUUAGCAGCUGUUUUAAUUUGUGAUGUUAACAUAUUUUGUUGCUUUCUACAUAAAAAGACAGGAAUAUUAUGGACUUGGCAGAAUUGUCAGUAUACCUUCAGCAGCUUCAUACUCAAAUAAAAACCAGCAUAAAAAUGUUGCUCUUCCUCCUUCCAGCAGCCCAGGUUGUUUUCAGGUUGUUUUCUUCUCUCUGUUUAAAAUGUGGCCUACAUAGUCAGGUUCAAAAUGGGAUUUGAGUGGGCUUGGCCUUCCUAUAGCAAUGCUGUGACAUCCCCCUGGAAGGCUAAUAUGGCAUCCUGUUAUACUUGGACAGUCUUUCCUAACACAUCUCUAUAAAUCGAUAUUGUGAGCUUUCCUGGUCUUUGGCUGCUUUUUAAAAGGAAAGACUUUAACGCAUGUUUUCCAUUUACCAUUUCAGCUAAAACACAACAUAACUGUUAUCCUGCUGUAAUCAUAUCAGAGCCUGGUUCACAAUUGGGAUAUCCUUUAUCUUCAAAUUUUUAAGGAAAUUCAUGAGUACAGAUAAACGUUUUAGUUUGAUUUCAAUUGCAGGCCCUUGAAUUGGUGAAUGUGGCAGAUGUUAUUAUACUUUUAAGCCCAUCUUUCCUCCACUGCAUAGACAAAAAUUGCUCUAUUUUUAUUUUGGCUUCGUUGUGCUUCCUAACAUGACUGUAUACAUCAGUGUCUUCUGCUUUUAACUUUAUCACUCCUUUUUUUUUCAUUUUAGAGCCACCACUUUCAGUUCCAGAAUAUAAAACAGAAGUGUAGGGUGACAAGAAGGGGGACAUUGCUGUAUUAAUAUGUGGGCUAUUUAAUUUUUCUUUGAAAAUAUAUGAGGGGUAAAGGAUCAUUCUGCUCAAAUGUAUUUUAAAAGAAAAAGCUAAGUAACUGUAGACUUUUGUUUUUUGAUGGCUGGGUGUAUUUUGUUCUCAGGUAUUGGAAUUAAUUGAAAAUAAAAGAAGCAGGCCUUUAGGAUCAAAUGAUUCCCUUCAUACAAAGACCUGAUUGAAAGCCUAACAUAAUUUAACUCUUCUCCCUGGAAUCAGAUUAUAGUUGCUGUGUUAAGAGCUAUAUACAUACAGGGAAAAAGAGUUGCAGGUUCACAUUAAGAUCCUAACUGAAGAGAGAUGGUGCUAUCAAUACAAAUUCCAAUAUACCUUCAUGCCAUGAAAAUGCUCAAUUCAGCAUAAACUGAGUAUUCAUUUAAGAUUUUCCAGCAUUCUGAAGAACUUUUUAUUUUAGUAAUGGCUGGUCAAGAUACAGACUGUUAUCCUCUGGGAAGAUUCCAUUUAGCUGGAGUGUAAUGUUUAUUGAUGAUAUAGAUACAACAAAUAAAAUGCUAUACAAAAUGAUGCAUGCUCUGGAGCAUAUACAUUGAUCUGAAUUGUAUUAGUUGAAGGAAAAUGCACAGAAUAAAACUGUUGAUGCCAUAAUUGGAGCUGGAUCCAAAUUUCCUGUUCUGCAACUAAUGGGGCCUUUUUCCAGCUCAAGAAUUGUUCUACCAGUGCAAGGCUUCUUGGGUUGGAAAAAAAAGCUAGUGGAGGAAAAAUACUGGAUGCAACAUUAGGCCUCCAUAUUAUAAAUCUAUACAAGAUUUGAGAAGCAAAGACCUAAUACUGUUAAAUCUGCUUCACAGCCAUUUUUCAAAAUGUCCUAUUGUAGCAGUCUCUCUCAAAGGCUGAAGUCUUCUGUGAAAUUUUGCAAAAAUGCAGCAUCUAUGAAUCAGACCCAUAGUUUCAUCAUGCGGUUGUUGAAAGAGCAAAGUUCUGGGAGUCUGUAGUUCUCAAGGCUGAGUGGGAAGACUGAUGGUUUAAAUUAGUAAUAGCCAAACUAAAGGGAUUAUUCCCUCUCCUAAGCUCCAAAGGAGAACAAAGUUCUAGCCAAGUCUUCUGGCAGUCCUAGUCCACUGAAGUGCUUAUCAACUGUUAGACUAAUGUAGGUACUAGUUAGAUAUUAUUCCAGCCGUAUGAGAGUGCUCAUUCUGUGAUGAUCAGCACUCCCAUAUGGCUGGAAUAAUAUGCUAUCUGUUCUACCCAUACUAUCUGAAUAAUUUGAUCAGUCUACUUAUGGGUAAAAGCAGUUUCUGCACAACUGGGAGACCAUUUAAGGAGCACCAUGAACCACCAGAUUUGUGAUAUGCCAUGUAGUCAUCAUAUCUGAUCCUUGUUUCUGUAAUACAGCUUAUAAAUCGGCAAUAGAAGGAUAAAAAGAAUCAACCUCAACUAAGAGCCAGUUUCUUCGUAUCGUUGUUAAUGGUGAUAGCUAGAAUUAGUUCCUUGUAGAAUUUUACUGGAUUUUUUAAAAAUCCAUAGAGUUGGAAUGUGUUUUUACUUGAGCCUGAUAGCCAUCCAUUUAACAUAAGCCAGCACACUCCAGGUUAUUAAAGUUAAAUAUUUGUGCCAGGCAGUCCAUGGGUAUAUUUUGACACACGAUUGGCUGUGAGUGAAACUGAAGAAAAUAGGGAGAUGGGGAACUUCCCCUAGAUAAACAACGCAAAUGGGCAGUAUUUAAUAAAGAAGUGUUUUGUUCAAGUGUUUAGUGCCUCAUCUUAGUGUACCAAUCAAUGCAUUCAAAAAACUAAAUUCCUCAUUUUUAACAUAUUUUAACCAGGAAAAAUAAAUUGAUGUUUUCUGUAUUAAACCUUUUAACUAUGGGUCCUCCUUAUAAAAGAUUGCUUAGUUGGGUUUAUUUGUGUGUGCGUGUGGCAUGGUUGUGAUAUCAAGUGCUUUUCUUCUCUCUUAUCCCAGCCAGAUUGGCUCACCCUCCUUUAUUAUAUAAAGUGCUGAGUACUUUGCAGUUUAGGUGGGAGGGGACAGGGCAAAAGAAAAUAAAAGGGAGCCAAGGUAGAGCAGCCUUACUUUAGGGAUUAGCCUUACAACAGAGCUUUAUAGUGAGGGUGUGCUGUAUUCCAAAUUGUGUAAGCCAAAAAUGAAAAAAAAUUCAUUUAUGCAAAAAGAGGUGUUAACUUCUUAAAGAAAUAUAUACCUUCUGAAGGUAGAGUAGGGUCUUGCAAAGUGACGUUGUGAUGCUUCUUGCUGAGUCAGUAGGUAUGGGAUUUGGGAUAUAAGCGCUUAACAUUCCCUUGUGGGUAUUUUGUUCAUUUUUGGUCUUUAGUUUUAAACAAGCAGUAAGUUAAAUGUGGUAUCUCUGAAUGUGCCUUUGUGAGUACGUGAUUGUCAGUUCAAGAAGACUUGGACUGGAGAGAAGGGAAGAUGAUGGUCAGUUUAUUCUCUCUAAAGGUCAAAUGCAAAGAUUCCAGCCUGCUGGUACCUUUUGACAAACAGUGUCUUUUGGGGCUGGUCUCUCAGCUGCACAUAUGCAGUCAUGUGUGGCAGAUGUAUCCAGGUGUGGAUGGGAUGUAAUUUGUAUAAGUUGACAUUAUUUAGGCUAGCUUUCAGUUGCUGGUUGAAAUUGUUAUCUGUAUUAUGUAUCUAUUAUGUUUGUGUAUGUGGCUUGCUUUAACUUUUUCUUUUAAAGCACUGGAAAACUGAAACACGAUGCUUGAGACACAUUUAUGCAUGUUAACAAAGGUAUUUUGUAGCUUCUGCCAUUUGUGGGUUUAGGCACAUUUUUGCCCUCUGUUAGUGUCCUGGUGAUAGACAGAAGAAAAUAAUUCUACCCAAUAACUUCUAGCACACUUGAUGUUGCCAUUUAAAUGAACAGGGUAUUACACAAGAAAAUAAGAUGUUUUUGAAAUGGUGAGGAAGAAGGUUUUGAAAUAAAUCUGUUCUUUGUUUCUUUGAAACUGUUUGUAGCUAAACAUUGGAAUCUGCAGUGUCUCCUUUCAUUUGUUCUGACAUAUAUUCCACCUCUUCUCCUCCCCACAUCCAAUCAAAGGUGUGCAAAACCAAGAGCUGCUGUAGCACCUCAGCUCCUUUCCCAAGUGAAAGCUCCAGCAGGCUCUCUUCAGCUCCAUUCAGGAAGACAAAGGAGGAGAGAUGCUGCAGCUUUCUUUGCUUCACUCUCAUUCCUCUCUAAUGGCCUUGAAAUGUAUUAUUAUGCAAAUGUGAAUUUUGAUACUGAACUUUAAGAAGAGGUUGUUUCUUUUUUCAAACAAACAACAAAAAAAGAUCCCAUAUGUGGUCUGCAUUGCUUCUUUAUCUUGUAAGUGAAUUGUAAACUAUGCAUUCAGCAAGAGAGGGUUUGGGGGAGUAAGAGAUAGCCCUGCUUAAACUGUCAAAACCGUUUCUGUGUCCAUUGAAUUUCCAUGUCCGUGUAGGAAUAAAGAGGUGAUGUCACUGGAGGUCUCUUGAGAACCUCUGUUUUUGGAAGUUGCUUUCCUUUUCUUGCCAGGUAAAUUUGAGGUAAAGCAGCAUAAGGUUGGCUUCUGAAGAUUCAAAAUGUUCUGCAGGAUUUCCCGUUCUUGCCAUGCGAUGUUAGAUCAGGACCAGCAGUUUGACACGAAAUAUUCCUGUUUUUCCCAAGGAGAGAAAAAUCUCCCAACGUCUCCUCCAUCCUCUCUUCAACCUCAGGAAAUGGCACCUCAAGCACUGUCAUUUGGGAUUUGCUCCCUAUAACUGCCCGUGGUUCUCAGGAGAGUUGAACCGUGGCUUCUACCGUUUUGCAUUACCAAACUUUUUGCCCUAAAUUUUUCUACCAGUUCCCAUAAUAGAUGCAACUCUUCACACCCAGUACCAAACUGGAAUUGCUGUAGAAUACCUACUUUGCUGACACCAUUAAUCCCUUGUCCUCCAAAGCUGAUCAAAAUUAGUCAAGGAAGAUGUACAACUUACCUAGGCAAGUACUGCUACUAGUGAAAUAGUGGCAGGCAAUAAUACUAACCAUGAAGGGAAAGGUAUGAUUAGUGUAAAAAUGUAAACAAACAAGCCUUCUGGAUUUAACUGUCCUUUUUACCAGCAGGAAGCUGCUGUAAGUGGGAAAAAUGUAUCACAUCCUUCUCUCCAGAAAAUAGAGGUGGCUUUAUAGAUGAAUGGUAAUAUAUUGCCUUUACUGUUUCCCUUGGUUGUUGUGAACUGCUUUGGUUCAUCUUGGGCAUAUCUUGAAUGCAGUAUCACAGCCAAGAGGUUUUCCUACCUGUAAAUCAAUGUUCCAUACAGCAUUUUUGUUUUUGGUGUUCUCAGUACUGUAAUGAACAAUAGACUUACUUGAUCAUUCAUUCUCACAUUCAUACUUGCCUUGUAGAUGUGAACUUGCUGGGAUUCUACUUCUAAAAAUGCUUCAGCUGUUUGUCACAAAAUACCUCGUGGUGCAUAUUUUACCUUUAGUGUAACCAGCCUUUCAGAAAUAGUAUGGUGUUUUUCAUCAUUAGUGAGGCUGUGCUCUUCCUGAACAUUGCCUGUGAAGAGCAUCUUAGACUAAUUUGAAGACUGGACUGAGAGGCUGAAACUCCUAAUCCUAGCUAGCCUCUUUUAGCCUUGGCAAAAGUAAAUCUUUACCUCAGUUUCCCCAUCUGUAAAAUGGGGAUAAUAAUACUUACCUACCUCACAGAGGUUUUGUGAGGAUUGACAAAUGUUUUUAUGAAGUGCUUCAAAGAAAAAGUACUUUUUAUAAGUAUUAUUAUAUGUAUGUGUAAUUAGCAGGAUGUCUCUCUCCUGUCCUGUUGGAGAGAGCAAGGAAACCCUAUCAUUCAUUUUAAGCCAUCAGAAAUGCAUAAUUUUAACUAUUUUCAUCAACUGGGAAGCAGUUAAUUACACCACUUUAUCAUCUCCUUCCCCUUCAUCAAUCUCAUUUCAUUUUGACUUUCACAUUUAGCAUAUAGAAAUGCCACUCUUCAACAGAUGCAAUUUCAAACAGAAAACAUUUAUACAUGUGUCCUCUCUGAAGGAAAUCUGUAAGUGGAAUGCAGCAUGUCCAUUUCCCCCUGCUUUUAAUUAGACAUGGACUUUUAGCUAGAUUUAUCUUAUACUGGAAGGGGGCAGCUUUGCCUUCUUGCUGUGGGGAAAGAACAAAAAAAUCACUGUAUAGUUUUACAUGAGGGCUGUAAAAUGAGAUGAUUUGUUCAGUAGUUUGCUUCAGAACUAUUGGGGGGGGGGGGGGGACACUGUCCCAGACACCAUCCUUGUUUGAGUGUGUUAAACAUGCUGCCUCAGUUCCCAGUACACACAAGCCAUUGUAUGCCAACCGAACACAGGAAGAUAGUGAUGUUCAUUAAUAUAUGCUUGUGAAUAUGCUUGUGAAUAUGCCUUACAGCCUUCCUAAAAUCUUUGGGACGGUAGUUGAAGGAGAGGUUUUGGGGAAAGUCUUACAACUUUUCAGGGAGCCUUUGCUACUUUUCUCCCUUUUCUGAUCUUGAUCAUAAUGUGGUCAUUCUUUAUUCUUACUUGUGCAUCUCAGGGAUGUGCAUAUUGAUCCCAGGAUUUGGAUUCUGACCUUGGAAAACCUAAGAUGUGGUCCCAUUGUUUAUUUCAGUCUUAGGAUGCUCUCUCCUGGUCUUUUCCAUCCCUUGUUCCAUGAUUUCUAUGUGAAUAGUAAUGAAAGAUCAAAACUAAUGCUAUAUAACUGUAGGAUCUGUGCAUAUGAAUGCUUAUUCUAGAUUCUGCCUUCUACCAGCCAGGAAAAAAAAUCCCAAAGUGCAAAACACCUAACAUAAAACACAGCAGUUGCUCUACUAAUAAUUCUUCACUUCUUUUGGAAAAUAUGUUAGCCUUUUGCAAUUGGAAAAAUAACAGUAACUUUUUUGUGGUGGGAGUGAAAAAGAAAGCUGUGGAGUUAAGGAUUUAGAGCUGCUUUAGCUUCCAACAUUUAGAUAGAGACUUGCAAUGCUGCUUUCCUUUCAGAGCUCCGAAGAGGGCUAUGUUUACAAAGAACUGAUCUGGAAACUGACCAGUCCUAUGAAUUUUGCUUCAUUUUUUAUGAGCAAACCAUGUGGUAGAGGAUGUAUUCAGAGGAAACAGAAGAACAGGUUAACUCCAACUAAGCCUUAUGUGUAAAGCAAAAUAAUUCUUCAUGGCCAGAACAUCUGGAUUAGAAAAGGCAGCUUUCCUGCUGUGCACAUAAACAUGAUACGAAGGUACAGCUGAAAUGUCCCUUCACCAAGCAGGCGUACUGAUGGAUACAUGUAUCGAGGCUUUUUUUUUUUUUUUUUGCAAGAUAUACCUAUAAGUAUUUUUCCUUAUACUUGAAAUAACUUCCCCAUCUCCAUUUGUCCGUUGGGCAUCCAAGAAGUAUAGAACAGGACAGUGGAAAACAGGAAAAGGCACAAUGUGUUUUUUUCAUACUACAGCUUAAUUUUAAUUUCCUCCUAUAUUCACUUUAUUUCAGUUUACUUUUUAUGUUGUGGGUUCACAUGGACACAGAAACUCAGCACUAUAUGUGCUCUUGUACGGCAUGCUGCCCUCCCUCUCUCUCUCUCUUAUCUAUUUUUAUUUUAGUUAAGUGGUACUUAAAAUCACUGGUUCACUUAAAAAUACAAUAAAAUGUUUAAACUCUACUAAUGUACAAAUAAGCUGAAAUGUUGCAUUUAUGUGUAUUUUGCCAUAGCAGGUACUGUAUUUCUCAUGCUGGAUUUCAAACCAACAAAAAAGGUGACGUUUUAUUGGAGUGUGACAGGUUAAGAGUAAUAAGGAAUUAAGUCGUCGUCAUUUCAUUAAAAUUGAGAGAUGGUGUAAUGCAUAUAUUAUGUUUUCUGAAGGUUUUUUUGCUUUUAAACAGCUUUUGUUUUUAUUUUGUUUUUGUUUUUUAAGAUAUGAUUGUAUUAUGUGCAACUCAGUUGCUUACAUUAUAACUACAAAAUAUUUUUGGGUUCCUGGAAAAAGAAAGACUAAUAAAUGUGUUUGGCUGCUAAGCAUUUAAUCCUUUGA